AUGUCUCUGGUUUUCCAGCGAAUCACAAAGCUCUCAGCAGCACGCAGAGAGAAUUCUCGUUUCUUCUCAUCAUUGCCUCAGUUCCCGUGUUUGCUUCUGGACAGUGGUGAGACAGACAGUGAUGAGACAGUGCAUGACUCUCCGGAGGGCACCAUCAGUCGAAGUUUUAAGGGAGCAUCACAAGGUUGGCUCGCUGCUGUGAAUGACGGUACAUUACAGCUUACAGAUCUUUACAAGCCAUGGGUUUCAUCUCCAAGAGUCAUAUCAUUGCUUCCACUCGGUGACAUCCCGAGGCCUUGUUGUGACGACGACCCCAAGUGGACUCACUUCAAAGCCCCUCUCACAUCAGACUCUGCGCUCAUGUAUUCCAAGAGAGACAAAUCAUUUUACUUCACCACUUCUGAGUCUAACCGCAUGGGUUUAUUGGAUCCAAGCUACGUCAACGAGGUCAAGUAUAAAAACAUACGCCUUCAAAAUUACCUGCCCAAGAUCUCACAUGCAAGUCGGGAGCGGUUGGUUAAUUGUAUCAUGACCGAGCACUUGGUGGAGUCACCUUCUGGUCAAGUAUUCUUCAUCAAGUGGGAGGAUGAUGAGAAGAGCCAUGAUUUUUGUUACACGGAAGAUAUUGGAGAUCUCUGCAUCUUCCUUAGCGAGGGUGAAGCCUUCUGUCUCUCAGCAAGCAUGUACCCAGGACUCAAGCCUAACUCCAUCUAUUACACUGGCGUGCGAGCUGGUCGUUACAAUCUAGCUUCUGGCACCACCCAUUCCUUCUAUCCCUAUGAUGAAUCCGACGAUAUGCUUGAUGCCUGUUACUGGCUUCAUCCCACUGAUCACAUUCACAAAGAGGGCACAGAAAAGGGCUCCAAGAGUAAUACCUCGUCGGCUUCUUGUUCUGAUAUUGAUGACUCGUAUUUACAUCUAUUUCAGAGUAUUCGAGCUUUACGUGUCACAGAUCUCUUCGGUUCAGAAUGGUGUGAGAAACAAAUGGAAAAUUUUCUUCUUCUUGAUGAGAGUAAAGCCAUGGAACUUGGUCAGGCUCGUCAGGAGGUAGUUGAAAGAGUCAUGAAAAAAUUGAGCAUAUCAUUGGGGUCUGAGGAAGAGAUAGUUGAAAAAGUGACCAAAAAAUUCAACAAUUUUGAGGAGCUUGAAGAAGAGGUAGUUGAAAAAGUGACCAAAAAAUUCAACAAGUUUUUGGAGCUUGAAGAAGAGGUACUUGAAAAAGUCACAAAAAGAUUCAACGAGUUUGAGGAGCUUGAAGAAGAGAUUGGUUUUAAGGUAACAAAAAAAUUCAGCAAGUUCAAGGAGCUUGAAGAAGAGGUAGUCGAAAAAUUCACGAAAACAUUCAGAGAUUUGGAGCUUGAAGCCGAGUUUCACUUCUGCUUCAAUGGAACUCACGAGAAAAACUCACGAGAACAUUCCAGUCUGGCUUCAAUAAGAGGUCUUUGGGUGACGAAAAAAAACCAGCUAACACCAUGGUAG